AUGUUUUUGUGGUUUAAACUCUUGACAUUUGGCUUUGCGUUUCUGGACACUGAUAUCUUUGUCACAGGACAAACGAAACCUGAUGGCUCGGCAGGACCAAAUGAAAGUGAAAAGCCCUAUACUCCAUUUCCAACUGGCCCACCACCUACUCACUCCACUGCAUCCUUACCCGCAAGCAUCUCUGAAAGAGAAACUGGUGCCACAGUGACCAUUCCUCCACUUAACCCACAUAUAACUCCAGGUGCAUCACCAACCAAGAGCACUCACCUUACCAUGCACGCAGUCUCUCAAGCUCCCUCUGAUGGAUCUGUCAAUCAAACACUCAGCAGCAGUCCUGCUGUCCUUACCACACUCAUCGCUGAUAGAGCGAAUAAAUCAACAGAUCAUAUACCAGAAAUACUUACAACCACCUCCUUACCUGCAGACUCAAGCUCUGCAUCAGUAACAGUUCUCAGUCCAGCACGCAACAGCUCUGCUGUCCUUCCUACACUCACUACUGCCAUCACCAUCCCUGAUAAUACUUCAGAUAUUUCUGAUUCUACAGUUGCUCCAACAGCCAUAGCCACAGCAAGCAAAUCCUCAAGCACUAUCCCUGUCACGGGUACUCCAACAAUAGCACCUACUUCAAGACGUGCUCAAUGUGAUGCAUUCAAAAGCAUUUCUGUGGAUUAUAAAUACAAAUCAGGAAAAUUUACUGCAAAUGUGAAUAUUCUUAAAAAUGAGACCAAAUGUUCAUUGGCAGCUUCUAAUGAUUGCUAUGAAAACCUAAAUGAAUGCUCUUCAGUUGUUAUACAUGUAAUACCAUGCCCAACUGCAAACUUCACAUUAAAUGUGCCACCAGCUGAAGAACGAUUCAAAUUAGAAGACACAACAAAAGUUGAAGAAGCAAAUACUUCUAUUAGUUUAAGGUGGAAUUAUGAUAAAAAUUCCAAUUGCGCAAAGAGUUUAACCUACUGUUUUGAAUGUGAAAAACCAAAUAGCAAACCAUACUGUUAUCAUUCAGAACAGACCAUGUUUACAAUCGGUGGCUUGACCCCUGAGAAGGAUUAUUUUUGCAAUGCUUCUGUUUCUUAUGACAACCAUCUUGUUCGACAAAGCCAAAUCAACAUUACAACAGACUUUGGAACUCCUGUGGCACCUAGUAAUUUGAAAUGUAUAUCAACGAAAGAAACGGAAAUUGAAAUUUCUUGGAAGGCUCCCUCUGGCACUUUUCAUGGUUUUUACAUCUGGAGAAACAAUUUUUCUGAAGAUGAUGAACCUAAACGUCUAACAAAUUCUUCAACCAACUAUACUCUACAACACUUACAACCUUAUAAAGAGUAUGACAUAUCAGUAAAUGCCUUCACUUCAGGAAAAAUACAACGGAAUGGAAGUUUAGUGACUACUUCUUGUUGGACAGCUAUAGGAAAACCAGACCAGGUUAAAGGCAUGAAUGUAAUCUUAGAAGGUGAUAAUCUUAUAAAAGUUGAAUGCAAUGAGCCAGAUGAAAUACAUGGCCCCAGUCUGACCUACUAUUUGAAUAUGACAUCUUUGUAUGUGUCUGAAUUAAAACACAAUAAAACUUGCAAAUUUAUAUUCGACAAUCUUCAUUUUAUGACCAAUUAUACAUUUAAGCUCUACGUUUUCAAUGGGAAGAACUAUGGAGAUGCAGUUAUUCAAAGUAAAGUAACAAAAUAUAAUUCCCAUGCAUUGAUCAUGUUUCUGAUAUUUUUGAUUAUUGUGACAUCACUAGCCUUAUUAAUUGUUCUUUAUAAAAUCUAUGAUCUGCAUAAAAAAAGAUCAAGCAAUACAGAUGAACAGAUAGGACUUGUUGACAAAGAUGAUGAAAAACAGAUAAUGAAUGUGGAGCCAAUCCCUGCAGAGAUGUUACUGGAAACAUAUAAGAGGAAGGUUGCUGAUGAGGGAAGACUUUUUCUGGCUGAAUUUCAGAGCAUUCCAAGGGUAUUCAGCAAAUUUUCAAGCAAAGAUGCACGCAAACCCUUUAACCAGAACAAAAACCGUUACGUUGACAUCCUUCCCUAUGAUCAUAAUCGUGUUGAACUCACUGAAAUAAAUGGAGAUGCAGGAUCAGACUAUAUAAAUGCAAGUUAUGUGGAUGGUUUCAAAGAGCCAAGGAAAUAUAUUGCUGCACAAGGUCCUAGAGAAGAAACUGUUGAUGAUUUCUGGAGAAUGAUCUGGGAACAGAAAGUAACUGUUAUUGUCAUGGUGACUCGCUGUGAAGAAGGAAACCGGAACAAGUGUGCAGAAUAUUGGCCAACAGUAGAAGCGGGCUCUCAAACGUAUGGAGAUGUUAUUGUAAAAAUAAAUGAGUACAAACGGUGUCCAGAUUACAUUGUUCAAAAACUGAAUAUUACAAAUAAAAGGGAGAGAACAAAUGGGAGAGAUGUGACACAUAUUCAGUUCACCAGCUGGCCUGACCAUGGGGUCCCAGAUGAUCCUCACCUGCUCCUCAAGUUGCGUAGAAGAGUUAAUGCCUUCAGUAACUUUUUCAGUGGUCCUAUUGUUGUCCAUUGCAGUGCUGGUGUUGGCCGUACAGGUACCUAUAUUGGAAUUGAUGCUAUGCUUGAGGGACUAGAAGCUGAAAACCGAGUGGAUGUUUAUGGCUAUGUAGUCAAGCUUCGGCGACAGAGAUGCCUGAUGGUUCAAGUAGAGGCUCAGUAUAUCCUCAUCCAUCAGGCUUUAGUAGAGUACAAUCAGUUUGGGGAAACUGAAGUGGGAAUGACGGAGCUACAUUCCUAUUUAAACAACAUGAAAAAGAGGGAUCCACCCAGUGAGCCUUCCCCACUGGAGGCAGAAUUCCAGAGACUUCCUUCAUAUAGGAACUGGAGGUCCCAACACACUGGAAAUCAAGAAGAAAAUAAAAGCAAAAAUAGGAAUUCCAAAAUUAUUCCAUAUGACUUUAACAGAGUGCUAUUGAAACAUGAAUUGGAGACCAGCAAAGAGAGUGAGCAUGAUUCAGAAGAGUCAUCUGAUGAUGACAGUGACACUGAUGAGCCGAGCAAAUACAUCAAUGCUUCUUUCAUAACUACCUAUUGGAAACCUGAAGUGAUGAUUGCCACCCAAGGGCCAUUAAAGGAGACAAUUUCUGACUUCUGGCAAAUGGUCUUUCAAAGAAAAGUCAAAGUUAUUGUAAUGUUGACAGAUCUGAAAGAUGGGGAUCAGGAUGUUUGCGCCCAGUACUGGGGAGAAGGAAAGCAGAAAUAUGAAGAUGUGGAAGUAGAAAUAAAAGACAUGAACAAAUCUUCAGCGUACACCAUCCGUGUAUUUGAACUGAGACAUGCAAAGAGGAAAGAUGCCCGAACAGUCUAUCAGUAUCAAUAUAACAACUGGAAAGGGGAAGACCUUCCUGCCUAUCCCAGAGAAUUAAUCUCUAUGAUUAGAAAUUUCAAAGAGAAACUUCCAAAGAAACAUAGCACUGAAAUGCAAAAACAUCACAAGACUGCAUCUCUUCUUGUUCACUGCAGGGAUGGGUCACAACAAACAGGAAUGUUUUGCGCUCUGUUAAAUCUUUUGGAUUGUGCAGACACAGAAGAUGUAAUAGAUGUUUUUCAAGUUGUGAAAUCUCUGCGCAGAGCCAGGCCAGAAAUGGUUUCAUCCUUUGAACAAUACCAAUUCCUGUAUGAUGUCAUUGCCAACACCUACCCUGCCCAGAAUGGAGAAGUAAAGAAAAGUAGUCGCCAAGAAGAUAAAAUCGAAUUUGACAAUGAAGUGGACAUACCAAAUCAGGUUGCUAACUGUGUUAGUUCAUCUGUCGAUCUGGAUAAGCCCCAAGACAAAAGCAGAAAGGCUGAAGAGCCCAAGAACACAGAUGGUACUAAAGAGACAGAAAGCUCUUCAAAUGGUCCCACAAGUACAACCUUAACAGAAAGUACUUAA